UGGAUAUUGAUCACUUUACUGCUAGUUUGAAAAAAAUACUGAAUAUUUGUAUACACUGAGAUAUUUAAUUAAAACAUGAUAUCGAAUCGGGCUCUUCUUACAAGUGUGUUUUCUGCAGUGUUUUUACAAAAUGAGAUUCGUUUCAUGUCAGUAGGAGCAGUACAUGCCAAAAUAGGCACUGAAAAAACAUCAAUUAUAGCUCGGAACUCUAUCGGACUGAAUUCACCCAAAAAACUAUGGUGGGCAAAACAAGUAACUCCAGAUUACUACGUGGCGGGAAGGCUCAGCAGACGACAGAUACAGUAUGCGUCAGAGGGAGGAUUUAAAAGUGUUGUUUCUCUGUUUAUGUACAAAGACAAGAAAAACUGUUGUUUGGGGGUGGACCAUUUACCCCCAACAACCGAGAUGGCUUCCUAUGCAAAAGAAGCUGGGCUCCAUUUCAGAACAGUAUUAAACUCUUCGAAAAUUUCUUCAGCGGUUGAGUCUGUAUCAGAUCUAGAGCGCUCUUUGAAGAAUAUCCCGAAACCUGCACUUCUUUUCUCGGAUCAAGGGUAUAGCAUGAGUUUCACGUUGUUGAUGUAUUUACUGAAGACGCAGACUAAAUCCGACUUCACUGUAGAAAACGCUGUCACGAUGAGUGAACUACUAGGCAUGGAUUUUAGUUUGAAAUGUACCAACAGAACACUCUGCAAUGUUACAGGAGAAAACGUUGACUUUCCUAAAAGGGAAAAUUUACCAAAACAGUGGCUUAACUAUUGGCCAGCUACUCCCGUUUACAAAAACUGGUUCAUAGCAGGGCAAAUCUUAGACUCUCACAUCCCUCUAAUAAAACAGGCAGGAUUUAAAUCAGUAGUAAAUUUACGUGCUGGAACAACUCAUAAGGGAAAACCUUCACAGGAAACUGUCACACUGCUAAACAUAAAGGACGGGUCAAGGACAUACGGAGACGAUACUCUGGGCCCGAGACAAAGUUUGGAAUCAUUGAAACAGCAGAUUAUAGACCCCAACAAAAAUAAUUCUUAUGUGUCCCCUAAUUCUUCUCAAAAUUUCGCCGCAACAAACCCUGCAGAGUUUGGUGACCUUAUUGGCUACAACGAAGAAAUUGAGAAGCUGUCGUUUCGCAAAGCAGGACUUCCAUAUUACCAUUUACCAGUAGUGAACAGCGAGCCCUUUUCUGCAGAACUAUUUUCCUUGUAUCAACCCGAAUUAAUGGAUUCUGUGAACAGAGGACCAGUUCUUAUCCAUUGUGCAAGUUCUAAACGAGCCGGAUAUAUCGCCGUUUUAGCCGCUGCUGUACACCAUCAUCAGGAUCUCUCCUGGGCAUUAUCCAAACUGUCACAACUGGGAAUGGCCAUAAGUCCUACUGUAAAACCAGAUAUAUAUGAGAUGUAUGUCGAUGUACUGACCAAGAAAGGGAACAAUUCACACUGCCACAGCAAUAAAUCGGGAAAGACUUGCACAGAAUGUAACUGACUGAAAUACCAGAUGUCCAUAGAAAUUUAAACAAAACAAUGACGCGGCUUCUACGUAAUCAUCUCUCUACCAUCACCAAGGAGUCCGUAUAUGCUGGCAGGAACAUUUCUCUGUUUCAGGGUAAUGCAGGGUUACAAUUAAUUGUUGUUCUUGUGCGACACAGACACAAAAUUUAUUUUGCAUGGUGUUCGUUUUAUAUCAAGUACAUGUAUUUAAUUACAUUUUAUUAUCUCGGGUGAUAAAGAAUACUCAAUCGAUGUUUUUGUUUAUAAACGUUUGAAUUUAAAAU